AUGCCCCAGACCACCACGCUGUUCCCUGCUGCACUGUGCCACGCCAUGCUGUGCCGCAUCAUGUUGCAUCAUCACCUGCCAUGCUGUGCCAUGCUGAGCUAUCUGUGCUACGCUGUGCUGUGCCACACCAUGCCCUCCCCUGCCCAGCUGCGCCUGGCUAUGCCAUGCUACGUUCGUGCGUGCCUUCCUGCCUUGCUUUCGCUGGGCUGGUGUUCCCUAUGACACCGAGACAGGCCACCAUCCCCUGUCAACGUGACUGUGACGCAGCUGAAGGCAAACUCUGCCACAGUCUCCUGGGACGUCCCAGAAGGAGACGUGGUCAUCGGCUAUGCCAUCUUACAGCAGCGGCAAGAUGGACAGAUGCAGCGCUUCAUCCGGGAGGUGAACACCACCAACCGGGCCUGCGUGCUGUGGGACUUGGCGGAGGAUGCUGAUUACAUCAUCCAGGUGCAGAGCAUCGGCCUGUAUGGAGAAAGCCAGGCCAGUAAGCGUGUCCACUUCCGGACCCUGAAGGAUACCGACCGCCUCCCUUCCAACAGCUCCAACCAAGGUGACAUCACCAUGGAAGGGCUGGACAAAGACAGGCAGCUGCAGACAGGCGAGAUUAUCAUCAUUGUGGCUGUGCUGCUCAUGUGGGCAGCGGUGAUCGCCCUCUUCUGCAGACAGUAUGACAUCAUCAAGGACAACGACUCCAACAACAACAAGGAAAAGACAAAGCCGUCCUCAGAGCACAGCACACCAGAGCGACCGAGUGGAGGGCUGCUGCGGAGCAAGAAGAAGUCUCCCUCGGUCAAUAUAAUCGAGGUGUAA